GUCAAAGAUGAUGAGAAGUCUUCGAGUCCAUCAGUACAUCGAUUUCCUUGGAACGCGCUCGUCGAUAUCGACGUUACAAAAAUGAUUGUCCGCCAUGGAACGUUAUGGGCAAUCGCGGUGCUUGUUCUUCUCGCGAGUGUAUCAUUUUCGGAAUCUGUAAAACUGCGAAAACCACGAAAGAGGACCAUGGCAAAAUCUCCGUAUCAACAGUCCAGGAUUGGAUCGGUAAUUAUAAGAGUGAUGCAUAAGUAUUCUGAUGAUGAUCUGAAGCGUGGUGCAUCGGCUGGUUGUAUUAACGGCAAUUGUAGAAAUACGCACAAUAAAUUUAACUUCGAACCUGUCAACGAAGCGAUGUCUGAGAAAGACAAUUUCCUCUCAGACGAGGAAUCUUUACGUUACGUCGUGCAUCCGGAGAAAUAUGAACAUUUUGUAUUGAGAAAGAAUACUGGACACGCGAACAGAUACAAAAGGGACUCUACAUUUUCGGAAUUACCGAAUUCAUCGAAUACAGACGAUCGUACAGUAGUUAAUCGUGACGGUGACGCGAGUGAAGUAUCAAAAAACGUAAAUAAAAGAAAUUUUACGAAAAAAAUAUACAGACUUCCGCUAUACAGAACAGUUUUACUAAAUCGAUUCAAUAAAUACCCAAAGAAUCUUUUGAAACCUUUAAGCGAAGUGAACAGAACGAGAAGCCUCGCUGUUGAUUAUUUCUCGCAAAGAAACGAUGAUGACAAUGGCAAUACGAGUAAAGUACAAAAAUACAUAAAUAAAGGACAUUUUAUAAAAGUUCCAUUAUACAGAACAGUUUCACUAAACGAGCUCAGAUAUACAAAGAAUUCGGAACCUUUAAACGAAGCAAACAGAACGAGAAGAAGCCUCGCUAUUGAUUGUUCUUCGCAAAGAAACGAUAGUGACAGUGGCGAUGCGAGUAAAGUACCGAAAAACGUAAAUAAAGGAAAUUUUACGAGAGUUCCGCUAUACAGAACAGUUUCAUUAGACGGACUUAAUAGAUAUACAAAGAAUUCGAAACGUUUAAGCGAAGCAAGCAGAAUGAAAAGAAGCCUCGCUGUUGAUUACUCUUCGCAAAGAAACGAUAAUGACAGUGGCGAUGCGAGUAAAGUACCAAAAAACGUAAAUAAAGGAAAUUUUACGAGAGUUCCGCUAUACAGAACAGUUUCAUUAGACGGACUUAAUAGAUAUACAAAGAAUUCGAAACGUUUAAGCGAAGCAAGCAGAACGAGAAGAAGUCUCGCUGUCGAUUACUCUUCGCAAAGAAACGAUAAUGACAGUGGCGAUGCGAGUAAAGUACCAAAAAACGUAAAUAAAGGAAAUUUUACGAGAGUUCCGCUAUACAGAACAGUUUCAUUAGACGGACUCAACAGAUAUACGAAGAAUUUGGAACCUUUAAGCGAAGCAAGCAGAACGAGAAGAAGCCUCGCUGUUGACUAUUCUUCGCGAAGAAACGACAGUGACUAUUACGCACAGCGAAAAGCCGUCAUGGACAGAUAUUACGCUCGGCAGCGUGAGAUAAACGCGCGAUACGCUGCUAAUCGAAUAAACACGACUCCACGAUUAAAGUACAACAACGUGUCGCAGCAUCAGCCGACAAGCAACGUUACUCUGUUCAAUCUCGGACAUGUAUACCCUAGUAAAGACUCGACGGCGAGGGACAAUGCGACUUUUCUUCAUCUCUCCACAAAGAUAGAUCCAAUAUAUAGCAACGAAUCGCGAUACAACAAAAUACCGACGGAACUGGACAGUCGACGAAACUUCGUUCCUGAAAUCGACCCCGGCUUCAGAUCUGACACGGAUUCGUCUCAAACGAGAAGCAGCGGUAAUAGCGAGAGAAACGCAUUGGAUUAUUUUGUCACCCCCACGCCCUGCACGAAUUUAUCCUCAAAUGGUACUUUCGCGCCGAAAACGCGACCCAAGCUCGCGCAAAAUAGCAUCAAUGAAACAGAGCAGAGCAACGAGGACUGCGCUUAUAAUUCAGCAGAAAAGAAUAACACCGAAGGCAACCUACGAUGGGGAAAGUGCGAAGGAAAAAUCGUGUAUCAACACAAUUUGCUUCUAGGAUUAAGGGGUCCUUCGAACCUUGACGCUCUGUUUGAGGUAAUCAUUCAGGGCCCUGUCUGCAUCACUUGCGUAGAAGCGUUGCGAUAUAACGAAACUAGAGCGAUUGUCGCGUUGGAUUCCGGAGGACGUGGAUACGAAUAUGCGAAACUGAGGCUACAGGGUUACGAGAACGAAGGAUUUUCCUACAUAAUAAAAGUUUGGGGCAUUAACAAAAUUGGUGAGGUUUGCGGAGACUAAUCAAGAUACGAGUAACGUAUAAAAAUAAGUGAACUAGGUAACAUUAUGUCACACGCAUAUAAAAAAUCAUUAAUACAAAAAUUAAGUAAUAUUUUUAUGAAUAUAUUGAUAUGUUGUGACAUCGUUUGUUUAGUCUUAUUUCGUAUUAAGCAAGUAAUCUUAAAAAA